AGACAGACAGACAGAAACACCAGGUCCAGGGUGAGACAGACAGACAGAAACACCAGGUCCAGGGUGAGACAGACAGACAGACACACCAUGUCCAGGGUGAGACAGACAGACAGACAGACAGACACACCAUGUCCAGGGUGAGACAGACAGACAGACAGACAGACAGACACACCAUGUCCAGGGUGAGACAGACAGACAGACAGACACACCAUGUCCAGGGUGAGACAGACAGACAGACAGACACACCAUGUCCAGGCUGAGACAGACAGACAGACAGACAGACAGACAGACAGACACACCAUGUCCAGGGUGAGACAGACAGACAGACAGACAGACAGACAGACAGACAGACAGACAGACAGACAGACAGACACACCAUGUCCAGGGUGAGACAGACAGACAGACAGACAGACAGACAGAACCCAUGUCCAGGGUGAGACAGACAGGACAGACAGACAGACAGACAGACAGACAGACAGACAGACAGAAACACCAAGGUCACAGGGGUGAGACAGGACAGACAGACAGACAGAAACACCAGGUCCAGGGUGAGACAGACAGACAGACAGACAGACAGAAACACCAGGUCCAGGGUGAGACAGACAGACAGACAGAAACACCAGGUCCAGGGGGAGACAGACAGACAGACAGACAGACAGACAGACAGACAGAAACACCAGGUCCAGGGUGGAGACAGACAAGACCCAGACCAGAAAAAACCCGAGGUCCAGGGUGAGAGAGACAGACAGACAGAACACACCAUGUCCAGGGUGAGACAGACAGACAGACAGACAGACACACCAUGUCCAGGGUGAGACAGAACAGACAGACAGACAGACCACACAUGUCCAGGGUGAGACAGACAGACAGACAGACACAACCAUGUCCAGGCUGAGACAGACAGACAGACAGACAGACAGACACACCAUGUCCAGGGUGAGACAGACAGACAGACAGACAGACAGACAGACAGACACACCAUGUCCAGGGUGAGACAGACAGACAGACAGACAGACAGACAGACAGACAGACAGACAACAGACAGACAGACAGACAGACAGACAGACAGACAGGACAGACAGGAAACCACCAUGUCCAGGGUUAGACAGACAGACAGACAGAAACAACCAUGUCCAGGGUGAGACAGACAGACAGAAACACCCAGGUCCAGGGUGAGACAGCAGACAGACAGACAGACAGAAACACCAGGUCCAGGGUGAGACAGACAGACAGACAGACAGAAACACCAGGUCCAGGGUCAGACAGACAGACAGACAGAAACACCAGGUCCUGGGUGAGACAGACAGACAGAAACACCAGGUCCAGGGUGAGACAGACAGACAGACAGACAGACAGACAGACAGACAGACAGACAGAAACACCAUGUCCAGGGUUAGACAGACAGACAGACAGACAGAAACACCAUGUCCAGGGUGAGACAGACAGACAGACAGAAACACCAGGUCCAGGGUGAGACAGACAGACAGAAACACCAGGUCCAGGGUGAGACAGAGAGACAGACAGACAGACAAACAGAAACACCAUGUCCAGGGUGAGACAGACAGACAGAAACACCAGGUCCAGGGUGAGACAGACAGACAGACAGACAGAAACACCAGGUCCAGGGUGAGACAGACAGACAGAAACACCAGGUCCAGGGUGAGACAGACAGACAGAAACACCAGGUCCAGGGUGAGACAGACAGACAGAAACACCAUGUCCAGGGUUAGACAGACAGACAGACAGACAGAAACACCAUGUCCAGGGUGAGACAGACAGACAGACAGAAACACCAGGUCCAGGGUGAGACAGACAGACAGACAGAAACACCAGGUCCAGGGUGAGACAGACAGACAGAAACACCAGGUCCAGGGUGAGACAGACAGACAGACAGACAGACAGACAGACAGACAGACAGACAGACAGACACACCAUGUCCAGGGUGAGACAGACAGACAGACAGACAGACAGACAGACAGACAGAAACACCAUGUCCAGGGUGAGACAGACAGACAGACAGACAGACAGACAUACAGACAGACAGACAGACAGACAGACAGACAGACAGACAGAAACACCAGGUCCAGGGUGAGACAGACAGACAGACAGACAGAAACACCAGGUCCAGGGUGAGACAGACAGACAGACAGACUUACAGAAACACCAGGUCCAGGGUGAGACAGACAGACAGACAGACAGAAACACCAGGUCCAGGGUGAGACAGACAGACAGACAGAAACACCAGGUCCAGGGUGAGACGGACAGACAGACAGACACACCAGGUCCAGGGUGAGACAGACAGACAGACAGACAGACAGACAGACAGACACACCAGGUCCAGGGUGAGACAGACAGACAGACAGAAACACCAGGUCCAGGGUGAGACAGACAGACAGAAACACCAGGUCCAGGGUGAGACAGACAGAUCAAGCUCUCUGCUACAGAUAGACUGACGCAUGCUCAAUAAUGUUGAUUUUACAUUCUGUGGUGUGUUUGUGUGUGUGUGUGUGUGUGUGUGUGUGUGUGUGUGAAGGUUCUGCUCCGGUGCGGAGGACAGUCUGCGGCCGGGGGACGGGGCUCUGCAGCUCAGCGGAGGAGGUUCCAUUACCCAGAAUCCCCAGUGUUAGAGAGAGUGUGUUCUGGUCACGCUUCUGCUGCGUCAACGCCAUUCUGCUGAUCUGUGUUAAUAUAUUCCUCUACGCUUACUUUGCCUGA